GGGAGAAGUAAACUGGAGCGUCCUAAGCGGCGAAAGUGAACUUACAAGUUAGACUAGAUUUUGGGCGAACUACCGUGAUGGCGAAUAUUUAUCCAGACGCUUACGUACAAGGCAAUGACUGGAUGAAAAAGGAGAACCUCGCCGCAUUGACGAAGACUAUCUUUCAAAAACCUGCUGCCCAGUGUGAACAGAUCCUUGACGUUGGUUGCGGGACGGGGGACUUCACAAGGGAUGUGCUACUGCCCAGUCAUCAUUCGUGCAGCAAGAUUGUAGCUGUUGACGUAUCAUCAGCCAUGGUAGACUACGCGAGAAGAAAUCACGGACAUUCGCAAAUCAGCUACGAGGUCCUCGACGUAACCACGACGGACCUUUCCCUAUUUCUGAACAAGCACGGAAAGUUUGACCGGAUUUACUCCUUCUUCUGUUUGCACUGGAUCAGAGACCAGGAGGCGGCUUUCAAACAUAUUGGUAGGCUUUUGAAACAGGAUGGCGAAUGUCUGCUUUUGUUCUCCGCUCCAUUUUUCUUGUACCGGGUAUGGCUCGAGAUGGCCGGAAUGGAACGCUGGAAGGGCAUCCUUUGUGACCCCAAAGACUUCUUUGCCGAUAUCUGGCAUCGCGAUCCGUUGCCAAGCCUGAGCGACCUCGAGAAUUCUUUGCGGAAUCUGAUUAUCAACUCAGGAAUGACAACCCUCGUCUGCGAGGUUUGCCCAAGUGAAGCUUACUUCGGCAGCGAAGCAGAAGUUCUCGCGUUGGUUGUUCCUGUCGUUACGGUGAAGGCGGGCACAACAGAGAAGGAGACGUCGAUCAUGAGAAGCGAACUGUCGUCAAGGCUGAUGGAGAGCUUCAAGAUUACGCCCACGGGUUGUAGCGUCUCCGUUAAUCUCUUUCGUUUUCACACUCAGAAGGUAAACCGAGAGGCACAUACAGACAUGUAAAGCAACGUGAAGUAUUAUAAAGUACCUUUGGACACUUUAGAGGUCAAUGUCAGGACAGGCGCUGUCACUGAGCGGCCCGUAAGGCUCAGCCCAACCAGUUAGUUAUCUUCGCAUCUAGAGCACGUUCUAUAGCAAAGCCGAGAACAUGGCUGUUAGUCUUUAGGCGCUACAUGGCGUCUGUACUCACACG